AUGCGUUUUGCGCCAUAUCGACGAUGGAUGAGUGCUGGGCAAGUUGUCUCGGAACAAGAUAUUCUACCGCACAGCACCGUACACCGGUUAAGAGCAGCCAAUACAAGCCCUCCGGAGCGAUCGAAACUGAUUGACGAUGGAUCACGCAUGAAUGAGAUGAACAUACAAAUGCUUUCCCAAUCACUGUACCGGCAGAUUUUUCGAUCGAAUCAACAAAAUAAUCCUACGGGGCGAGUUGAUCCGAGUGUGGUGAAAUCUCUCCAGGAAGAUCUGCUACGCCAUGGGAUCGAUACAUCCAAGCCGGUACUUUUGCCAGAUGUGGAGUUAAAGUUACCCCCACUGAAGGGUGCUAAUAUUGAAGAGCAUUUUUACGCUAUUGCCGAAGAGCAGAGUAAACCGUAUAGGAGUGCUGUAGAGCAACUGCCCGUGGAAACCCCUGCCAUGCCGAAGGUUUGGGAAAGAACACCGGGCUGGACACGUUAUGAUCCGGCAACAGGCAAACCGAGUGCCAUUCCCUUUCCCACCGAUGUAGCGCUCGUGUUCGAUGUGGAAGUUUGUGUUAAGGUAGGACCACUUCCAGUAAUGGCCACGGCAAUCGGCACUGCCGGCUAUUGGUACUCAUGGACGAGCCCUUUGCUGUUAAAUAAAGAGAAUACGGGCAGCGCAGAGCGAACCAGCAAUUAUCAAAUCUCCGAACUGAUUCCGCUCGAGAGUGACGCGAACGGUUCCGAAUUGGACCGGAGGGCGCGUGUUAUUAUCGGCCACAAUGCGUCCUACGAUCGGGCACGGGUACGUGAGCAGUACAAUCUUCAACCGACCGGUCUACGCUUUCUCGACACGAUGUCCCUGCACGUGUGCGUCAGUGGUAUCACCAGCUACCAGCGAGCGAUGCUCAAAUCCAGCAAAAGACUGCCGGCGGAGGAUGCCACCUGGAGCGAACAAAGUUCCCUCAACAAUCUCGCCGAUGUGUACGCGUUGUACUGUGGCGGUCAGCAACUUGUUAAAACAAAACGGGAUACGUUCGUCGAGGGGACGUUGCAGGAUGUGCGGGCCGAUUAUGACAGCCUAAUGAGCUACUGUGCCGAAGAUGUACGCGCGACGAAAGCCGUAUUGCAACGAUUGUGGCCACUGUUUAGCGAACGCUUUCCACAUCCGGCGACGCUUGCCGGUAUGCUUGAGAUGGGCAGUGCAUAUUUACCGGUCAAUAGGAACUGGACGCGUUACCUUACAGAGGCUGAUCUUGCGUUUGAAGAUCUCGACCUGGAGGCGAAACAUCAGCUGGCGCAAAGGGCUGAUGCUGCGUGUGCACUACUCCACGACGAAGCCUACCGGCGGGACCUGUGGCUAUGGGACCAGGACUGGAGCGUGCAGCAGCUAAAGCUGAAGGCGGUUAAACCUGCGAAGAAAAAGGUACCGUCAAAUACGGAUAGUCAGCUGGAUCUAUGUGCGGACAAAGAUGAGGCGUCUCGUUUGGCGCACAAGUUUGCCUAUCUGUAUGAAACGGCUAGUCGACUCCCGGUGCGUCGUCCACUGUUACCGGGCUACCCGGAAUGGUAUCGGAAACUUUGCACCAAACCGACCAAUGUCGACUGGUGUCCUGGGCCGUCCGGAAAACUUGGCACCGGUAUGCAGAUUGCACCAAAGCUGCUUUCGCUCUGCUGGGAAGGUUAUCCAUUACAUUACAUCCGUGAGCACGGAUGGGGUUUUUUGGUACCGUUCAAAUACACCCGAGACGAAAACGAAUGUGUAGAUCCGGCGCUUCCACUAGCGCAGCUAAUUGACACAUGUCCUGUGGUGGAGGUUAAGGUUCCGGGUGCGUCACCUGCCGAAAGUGGAGAAGCACUGCACCAGCUCGCGAAGAACGUUGAGCAAACGAUCAGCCGCAAGGAUUACUAUCGAUUUCGGAAAAAUACUCCCGCCUCUGUCAAACAUCCCACGUACAACGGUUCGGGUGUUUGGUGCAAUGUGGAGCUGGAAGGGUGUUGUUACUUUCUGCAACUCCCGCACAAGGAUGGUCCCGGACAUCGGGUGGGCAACCCACUGUCGAAAGAUUUCCUUGCCAAGUUCUCGGAGAAUGUGCUCGCCGGGGAUGGGCGGGCGGCGGAACGGGUUGUUGAGAUCGCGCGGAUGCUUUCCUACUGGCGCAACAAUCGCGACCGCAUCCGGGGUCAACUGGUGGUGUGGUGUGAUCGGGACGGUACGGUUGGUGCGAUCAUACCACAGGUAGUCGUCUGUGGGACACUGACUCGCCGUGCGAUGGAACCGACCUGGAUGACGGCGAGCAACGCACAGCGGGAACGCGUCGGAUCAGAACUGCGCGCUAUGGUACAGGCACCGGCCGGAUACCGACUGGUCGGUGCAGAUGUUGACAGCCAGGAGCUGUGGAUCGCAUCCGUACUGGGUGACGCCGGUACCGGACUGCACGGUGGAACACCGUUCGGGUGGAUGACACUAAGUGGUACGAAAGCAACGCGCACGGACAUGCACAGCGUAACGGCGCAGGCGGUCGGUAUAUCGCGUGAUCACGCCAAGGUGCUAAACUACGCCCGAAUAUACGGUGCCGGCCAGCAGUUUGCCGAGCGUUUGUUGAAGCAGUUCAAUCCGACGCUUACCGGUGCGGAGGCACGCUCAAAGGCGGUAAAGAUGUUCACGCUUACGAAGGGCCGCCGGACGUACCGGUUGCGGGAGGAGUUCCGUGACCAGUACCCAUCGCAACCCACCCGUUCGUCGGCGUACGAGGCACUGGGACUGGCGAGGGUGUGCAACAAGGCAGUGGGUGAGCUGUACGAUGGGCCCCACUGGUUAGGCGGUACGGAGAGUGCCAUGUUUAACCGGUUGGAGGAGAUUGCGGGGAGUGCCGAACCAGCCACACCGUUUCUGAACGGCAGACUGAGCAGAGCGUUGGAACCACAGCACGGCACGGAGGAUCGAUUCCUGCCCACACGGAUUAACUGGGUCGUGCAGAGUGGUGCCGUCGAUUUUCUACAUCUGAUGCUUGUCUGCAUGCGGUGGCUGAUGGGUGGGAGCACUGGUGGUCAACUGCGUUUCUGUCUGAGCUUUCACGAUGAGGUCCGGUAUUUGGUACCGGAACGAUAUGCACAUCAUGCCGCGCUAGCGCUACAUGUAACGAACCUACUGACACGAGCAUUCUGCGUCCAUCGCGUUGGAUUUCGGGAUCUACCCCAGUCGGUAGCCUUCUUCUCGUCGGUGGAAGUUGACCGGGUACUGCGCAAGGAAGCACAGCAUGACUGCCGAACGCCCUCAAACCCACACGGGUUACGCAUAGGGUACGGCAUACCCGACGGGGAGUCGCUGGACAUUUACCAAACUUUGGCCCGUUUGCCUCCAACACAGCGCGACAUUAGCAACUGGCCUUGGCAUCAAUCGCACGCAGCCGGCAAGGAAAAACGAAACCAAAAAGCCUAA